GGGAAAGGGAAGCUAUUCUUACAUACAUAAUUUCCGGUUAUCACCUGCAUAGGUGACAACAUGGAUUCUGACAGUCCGGAUUUGAUGGAUUUUGACCAAGGAGAUUUUGUAGAAGAAGAUGAUCUUACUGCAGGGUGCUCAAAUAGUACUGAUGCUGGAUUUGAUGCAGUCAUUGGCCACAUAGAAGAAAUUGUGAUGGAGAGUGGCUUCCAGAGACUGCAGAAAAGUUUUCUUGAUAGGUACUAUCAAGAAUUUGAUGAGACAGAAGAGAACAAGUUUUGCUAUACAGACAUUCACAGAGAAUAUGUCCAGCUGGUUGAAAAAUUCUUGGAAGAUGAAAUAGUAAAGCGUGUACCAGAAUUUUCAAUGGAAGAAUUCACAAGGACUCUUAUAGAGCGAAGAGCGGAGUUGGAAGGAGAGAUCUUUGAACUUCUCUUAACUUUUAGUGACUUUCUUGCUUUCAAGGAAAUGGUUUUGGACUUCAAGGCUGAAAAAGAGGGACGAACAGUUGACUUAAGUAGUGGAAUCAGAGUAACGCCAAUCCACAGUGACGACCUGCCUUUGGGUGAUACAGGACUUAAGUUGAGUGAAGGUCAUCUUUGACAGCCCUUACACCAUCUUGUGUUACAAUCCCAGCUCUCUGACUUGUAACUAGUAUGGGUAAUGAUAUGUAUGAGUGUGCCUUUCAUGGAAGAGAUUCACCAGGUAUUUCAAAUUGGGAAUAUACAAGUGAGUGCCUGAAAAAAAGAAUUAUGUGAAUCAACAUCAGCAGACUUCAAAUGUCAUCUAAAACUUUUCGACAGAAUAGAGAAUAUACAAGUUUAGGAGUAGUUUCAUUGUAUUCAGAGUUAUAUAUAUGUAUCAAUAAUUUAAUAUAAUUCUUCAAGAUCAGGAAUGGUUAUUAAUAUUUUCUUCGAAGCUUGUUUAGCAAAUUGUUGUGAAGCCUACUUAUACUACUUACUUAGUGACCUAUUAAACUCAAGACAGAAAUUUAUGUCCGCACAAAAUGUGUGAUUCCUCAAAUCUGCUUUUGUCUUAUGAUGAUUCAUUCCAUUUGCUGUGGAGAACAUGAAUUUUCUCAUGUAUAUGCCUCAAAAAACCUAUGUAGUACCUGAAUCAUAACCACAUCCUGUAUCUAAGUAUCAAAAAUAUUAUUAUUAUUGCUCUUUACUUUAUAAAGAGACUGGAUGGGACCAGCCCUGUUGUUUUGUCUCGUCUGUGGAUGUACGUUGAGUUUUGGUUUCUUCUACUCAUCUGUGAUGUUUGAUGCGUCAUUUACCACUUGUGAAUUGUUCUUCUGUGUUUGUGCUGCGUCAUUUCUUACACCAGACAUCUGCCACUUACGACUUCUGUCUCAUCUUUUUUUGACAUCUGGCUGAUUCUUGACUGUAUAGGAUUCUUCGCCUCCUUUACUGAUACUUCUAACUGUUCUGACAUUGUAGACCAUGCCGUUUUCCAUUUUUGAUUGAUGAACCCUGUACGUUGCUACAUGUUUUGUAGAUUAGAUUCUGGAUAUGUGCGCUUCAUGCUGUCAUCUGGUGAUAAGAUGUGUUUGUGUCAUCUUCCAUCUUCCUCCCUGUGUGUCACUGACUGCUGUUGCCUUCACUUCUUCAAUUCCAAGACUGUGCUCUCUUCUCAACUGUUGCCCUCAAACUUCAGAUUUAUUAUUUUGACAAAUUUUUCUGUUUGCUGGCCUACAGCUGACAUUCAAGACGUUGCUUAUACCAAUCUUUGCUCUACAAAAAUCAGCUUCAGACCAACAUCCAUUAUUAUUAUAUUUGUAUGUUUUUCUCUUUAGUAAAGCGCUUUAAGCCUGCCUUUAAUGGUGAAGGAAAAGCGCGAUACAAAUCAACUUUAUUUUUAUUAUAAACCAUCCCAGUAAACCCAUUCAAAUCAAAUUUCAAAAUGUGCUUUAUCAUUUAUUUCGUGUUGUGAACUGAGUACCUGGAGUUCUUUCAGUGAUAAACCUUUCCAUCGGAUGAUAUUGCUUUUAUCUACUUUCUAAGUAUUUGUGUUCACAGAGCUCUACUCAUCAAGUGGGUAAGUUGUAAGGAUGUUCACAAGUUAUCAUUGUUCAGCCUCUUACAGAAAUGUGUUAUGAAAUUCUGUAAAGGAUUUUAUUACCAAACAUGUUUACUUUCAUUUGAUCUGAAUGUGUUUGCUUUAAGGUUUUGUUUUUAAAUAAAUUUUAUUUUACACGCAAAA